GCCAUUAUAAGUAACAUGAAGCACAUCCAAGAUGUACAAUAUCGUUCUUCAUCUCUCACAGAAACAAACAAUGGGGGCAGGAAUUAAAGGGGUGCCUCUCCUUUUCCUUUCGAUUAUAUUCUCAGCUACUAUGGGUUUAGCAGCCACUUUUUCCUUCCAGAAUCAAUGUAUCGACACAGUGUGGGUCGCAAUUAUCUCCCACAAUGGUCGCACCCUCGGGGGCGGCGGUUUUCCCUUGGCAUCAGGAAAAUUGGUCAUCCUCAAUGCCUACCCUGGCUGGUCUGGCAGGGUCUGGGCCCGAACUGGAUGCAACUUCGACUCCUGGGGCAACGGUUACUGCUCCACCGGUGAUUGUGGCUCACUGAAUUGCAGCGGAGUUGGCCAGCCACCUUUCACGUUAGCCGAGUUCAUCACCGCAUUGGAACCCACCGACAAUAACGUCUACACUGUCUACUUGACCGACGGCUACAACGUUGGCAUGCGCAUCAAUGUCACCGGCGGAACAAGUGACUGCCAGUACGCGGGCUGCAUCGCCGACUUGAACUGUCCCCCGGAGUUGCAGGUGGUUAAUGUCUUUGGCUCGGUGGUCGGGUGCAAGAGCGCGUGCGAGGCGUUCAACGCGGCCGAGUUUUGUUGCUCCGACGACUACUCGACGCCACAAACUUGCUCGCGGACUCAGUACUCAGAGAUGUUCAAGAAAGCGUGUCCGAACGCGUAUAGCUACCCUUACGAUGAUGUUUCAAGCCGUUUCACGUGCUCUGGGUCGAAUAUCUUGAUAACGUUUUGUCCAAAAGAGUUGUGAUCAUGAUUCCAGAUUACAGGGACGUUAUCUUCUUCGUUUAUGGUUUUGUUAUUGGGUUUGGUAUAAUUGGAUGGAAAAAUAAUUUAUUGUAAGAAUAUGGUGAUGUCUUUUCUUUUCUUUUCUUUUUUCUUGGUUUUCAAGAGCAUUUCCCCCACCUUCAAUACUAGUAAGAUUCUGUUA